AUGUCAACCCUAAGUCGUCGAUCUUGGUCUGGGAGUGGAACCUGCCAUACCAUUACCCCACUGGCAGCCAGCGUUUACUCGUUUAAUUUCUGGCCACCAUUACCAUUUUUCUCUGACAACCGUCACGGUGGUCCAAAGCAUCCUCUGGAAGCCUCUGAUGCUGUACGGUGUCAUGAUACAGAUUCAAGAACAAAGGCAUUAUUAUUGAGGUCCUUGAUGAUAAGCGUACAAGGUACUAGUCAUCCUAAAACUUUGCGGGAAACAAUCCAGAGAAACCCGAUUCUCAUCAGACGGAUUUAA